AGGAAGUGUCAGCUGGGUCAAAACAGAGAAAAUACAUCAGUUAUGGCCAUUAAAAGUUUAAAAGAGCAUUAUGUAUAAUGCCUGGUUCCCAAAUGACUCCUAUGCUAAAGGGUUAAUAACUAAUAUUUAUAUAAGACAGAAGAGAAAGAUGUCAUUCCGUAAAGUAAACAUUAUCAUCCUGGUCCUGGCUGUUGCUCUCUUCUUACUGGUUUUGCACCAUAACUUCCUCGGCCUGAGCAGUUUGCUGAGGAAUGAGGUUUCAGAUUCAGGAAUUGUGGGGCUUCAGCCUGUAGACUUUGUCCCAAAUGCUCCCCAGCAUGCGGUAGAUGGGAGACAAGAGGAGAUUCCUGUGGUCAUUGCUGCAUCUGAAGAUAGACUUGGGGGGGCCAUUGCAGCCAUAAACAGCAUUCAGCACAACACUCGCUCCAAUGUGAUUUUCUACAUUGUUACACUCAACGGUACAGCAGACCAUCUCCGGUCCUGGCUCAGCAGCAGUACCCUGAAAAGCAUCAGGUACAAAAUUGUGAAUUUUGACACUAAACUUUUGGAAGGGAAAGUAAAGGAGGAUCCUGACCAGGGGGAAUCCAUGAAACCAUUAACCUUUGCAAGGUUCUACUUGCCAAUUCUGGUUCCCAGCGCAAAGAAGGCCAUAUAUAUGGACGAUGAUGUAAUUGUGCAAGGUGAUAUUCUUGCCCUGUACAAUACACCACUGAAGCCAGGACAUGCAGCUGCAUUUUCAGAAGAUUGUGAUUCAUCCUCUACUAAAGUUGUUAUCCGUGGAGCAGGGAACCAGUACAAUUACAUUGGAUAUCUUGACUAUAAAAAGGAAAGAAUUCGUAAGCUUUCCAUGAAAGCCAGCACCUGCUCAUUUAAUCCUGGAGUUUUUGUUGCAAACCUGACAGAAUGGAAAAGACAGAAUAUAACUAACCAGUUGGAAAAAUGGAUGAAACUCAAUGUAGAAGAAGGGCUGUACAGUAGAACACUGGCUGGCAGCAUCACAACACCACCUCUGCUGAUUGUAUUUUAUCAACAGCACUCCACCAUCGACCCUAUGUGGAAUGUUCGCCACCUUGGUUCCAGUGCUGGAAAACGAUAUUCACCCCAGUUUGUUAAGGCUGCCAAGCUACUCCACUGGAAUGGACACUUUAAGCCAUGGGGAAGAACUGCUUCAUAUACUGAUGUCUGGGAAAAAUGGUAUAUUCCGGACCCAACAGGCAAAUUCAGCUUAAUCCGAAGACAUGUGGAGAUCUCAAAUAUAAAGUAAAUAAGUAUGCUAUAAGCAUUUCUCAGGAAAUCCUGGAAGACAGUAUGUGUGGGAAGUAACACUUGCUAGCCUUCAAUGCCUGUUUGCAGCAAUAAAGGGACAAGGGACAUUUCAGCUGGGUAAAGAGGACAAACUGCCCCAUCUGGCAGUCAGCUUCCCAGACAGACUAUAAAUAUGCCUCCAUCUGCCUUACCAAGAGUUUGCUUACUGACAGUGUUGAACGACCAGAGGUGAAUGUACUUAGAUACGGCUCGUACAGCUAGUUCAACACUGCUGUUUGGUUUUAAUUUUGUGACCUGUGGCCGAAUCUGUAAAUAAAGUAAAAACUACGUUUUUCAA